CAAGUACGAGUGUCGAUGAAUUUUUUGAGGCUCUGUUUCGGCAGAGCUAUCCCUUACUCCGGUGAAAAAGUAGAAUUAGCAAUACCAGCCCCGCGGCACGCCGGCGCGCGGGGUUUAAAUCGGCGGCGGUUGGCCGCGCUGGUGUUUCGCCGCCGGGACGGGUCGUGGCCGACUCUGCUGCUGUCCCCUGCAGGCACAAUGGAUGCCCGCCUCUGCCGCCGCAUCUGCCCUGGCCUCUCUAUUAAUAUCCAGCGUAGCAACGGCUUGAUCCACAAGGCGAUCGUAAUGACUGUGAGCGUGGAGCGGGCCAGUGUGUGCGUGGAGUGGUCCGAGGAAAACGCCGUCAAGGGCAAGGAGGUUGACUUUGCUGAAGUGAUAGCAAUAAAUCCUGAGUUGUUAGAGGAACUACCUACUGCAGAUGUGAAAGAGAACCUACCUUUGCAAGGGAAUGUAACUGUACAGAAACACAAGCGUAGAACAACCCUUUCAAAAAUUCCUGCUCCAAGGCAAGCUGCUCGUGGCUAUUCCAGGAUGUCUGUUAUAAACGCAGGAUCUCAGCUCACCCUACAGGAAGAGGAGAUGGAGGUGAAUCCCUGCAGUUCUACACAAGUCAGAAACAGUUCAACGCUUCCUGCUGGCCGAACCAGGGCUAGCAGGACGCCACAAGCCUCACUGACAAAUGGAAAUACAGAGGAUAAUCUGCCUGCUGCUAAAACAAACCCUUCAGUGAGCCCAGUUCAGAGAAGACCUAGCAUUGUGACAGCAAUGGAGAAAAGGAAAAGCAAGAGAGAGGAAAGGAGAGUUCAAAAUAAUGAAACCAGAACAAAGCGUGCACAGGAAUUUGACAGCAACUGCCCAAACUGGGAGUUUGCACAGAUGAUCAAGGAAUUCAAAGCAACUUUAGACUGCCAUCCAGUAUCUAUGAUUGACCCAAUAGAACAGCACAGGAUCAGUGUCUGUGUGAGGAAGCGCCCUCUCAAUAAACAAGAACGUUUGAAAAACGAAUGUGAUGUGAUUACUGUUCAGAGCAAGUGUGUCCUGCUGGUGCAUGAGCCAAAGCAGAAAGUGGAUCUAACAAAAUACCUUGAAACGCAAACAUUUAGAUUUGACUUUGCAUUUGAUGAAUCUUCUUCUAAUGAAAUGGUGUACAGGUUCACUGCUAGACCUCUUGUAGAGACCAUCUUUGAGGGUGGGAAGGCAACAUGUUUUGCAUAUGGCCAGACAGGCAGUGGCAAGACACAUACUAUGGGUGGAGAUUUCUCUGGGAAGGCACAGAAUGCAUCAAAGGGCAUAUAUGCUUUUGCAUCUCAAGAUGUCUUCCUCCUCCUAAACCAGCCCAGGUACAGAUAUCAGAACCUGGAAAUCUAUGUGACUUUCUUUGAAAUUUACAAUGGGAAGGUGUUUGACCUCUUGAAUAAGAAGGCAAAGCUUCGAGUCCUGGAGGAUGGCAAGCAGCAGGUCCAGGUUGUUGGCCUCCAAGAGAGACAAGUCAGCUGUGCUGAGGAUGUCAUCAGGAUGAUUGAGAUUGGCAGUGCCUGCAGGACAUCUGGGCAGACCUUUGCAAAUGCCAGCUCUUCACGGUCACAUGCCUGCUUCCAAAUCCUUGUACGCCAAAGAGGGAAACUGGUUGGCAAAUUUUCCUUGGUGGAUUUGGCAGGAAAUGAAAGGGGUGCAGACACGUGCAGUGCUGACUGGCAGACACGCAUGGAAGCUGCAGAAAUCAAUAAGAGCUUGCUGUCUUUGAAGGAGUGUAUCCGAGCUUUGGGGCAGAACAAAUCUCAUACCCCUUUCCGGGAGAGCAAGCUGACCCAGGUGCUAAGAGACUCUUUCAUAGGAACAAACUCAAGGACUUGUAUGAUAGCAAUGAUUUCUCCAGGAAUGAGUUCAUGCGAGUACACCUUAAACACACUGAGAUAUGCUGACAGAGUGAAGGAGCUUAGUCCUCAUAAUGGAGUUAGUGAAGCACAGAAUCAGAUGGAGACUGAAGAAAAUGAGACCAGUGGAGAAGGCUCAGGUUUCCAAUGCAAUCUCUCCAAAGAUGAGGAAGAAGGUAUCUCUCCUCACAUGCUCAACUUGCGUGAGGCUAUGACUCAAAUUACUGAAUGUGAGGACAAGGCUGUAGAACAGCUUAGAGAACUGAGACCAGUAUUAGAGAGAAUGGCUACUGAACUUGAGUACCUUUUGGGAACUGCAGAGAAACCAGACUAUGACCUCAAGACCUUUGUGAGCAGAGCAAAGCACUUUGUAGAGGAGAGCUCAGAAAACUUCCUUCAUGUCAGAGAAACACUGGAUGCCCUGGGAGCUGCUAUGCAGCUGGAAGAGCAAGCCAGCAAGCAGAUGAGUUGGCAAAGGCGUUACUGAAUGCAGCAAAACCUGGUUCACAAGCAGUCAUCUGUAUGUCUUGUAUGUUUGGUGGUUUGUGUAACUCCUGUUUUACAUGUGGUAGACUGUCUGCGGGUCGUGUGUGCCAGGGAAUCAAGUGACCUGUCUUUCUCUUCAUGGCCUGGUAUGGGGCUACUUGGCAGAGUUCUAGAAACAAGCUCCUCUUGCAAGGCUUGGAGGGGAGGCUGAGAAUCUGCUAGAUGUGUCUAGCAGCUGGCCCCAUGGCAGCAACAAUGGUGAUCUCUGAUAGAACUAGAUCCAUGUGUACAGUUUUCCAGUGUGCAUAUAACCUUUACAGAUGUGCUUGAAACACUGCAAAACUGUUGUAAGUCUGACUUGUAGCAAGAAAAUGGAAUAUAUGUAACUGCAAAAAACAGUAUUUUAAAAAGUUUAAUAAAUAAAUGGUCCUGGAUUUAAUCUGUGAUCUUAAAA